AUGAAGGUCGGCGCCUUGCUCGACGAACUCAAGCUUGACUACGAAGUCAAGGGCGUCGACUUUGGCUCCGACGAGAAGGAAAAGGGUGUCAAGGGCGAGAACUACCUCGCCAUCUGCGCGAAUGGUCGCACACCGACGCUGAUCGACCACAAGAACAACGACUUCACCGUGUGGGAGUCGGGUGCGAUUCUGCAGUACCUCGUCGACAAGUACGACACCGAGGGCAAGUAUGCGGGCAAGACGGCCGAGGAGAAGGCCACGGUCAACCAGUGGCUCUUUUUCCAGGUCAGCGGUCACAGCCCGGUCCAGGGCAACCUGUACUUUUCCCAGGUGUACUGGAAGAACGCGUUCGGUGAGGAUGCGCCAGAAACCGUGGUGAAGCGUUUCAACAAUGAGCUCCACCGUGUCCUCUCUGUGUACGAGGAGCAGCUCAAGAAACAGACGGAGAAGAACGGUGCUUCGAAUGCGUGGCUGGCGCUUGACCGCCCGACCAUUGCCGACUUCUCCGCCUUUGUCUGGCUCGGCAUCCUGUCCCACUUUGGCGACAAGCUGGGUGUGGACCUGGCCAAGUUCCCACACGUUGCCAAGUACAUCCAGCUCGCCGAAUCGCUCGACUCGGUCAAGGAGAUGCGCAAGCGUGUGCAGCACUAG